UUCAACGUGGACGGCCAGAAGCAGAGUAUAACCUGUGGAAAAAAAGCCAUUACUGAGCAGGAGCUCUGAUCCAACCUGACUCUUCCUCCAUAUCUGGUCUCGUGCGAUGGCGGCUCCGGUGAAAGUGUACGGCCCCCCGCUAUCCACCGCCGUGUCAAGGGUCCUCGCCUGCCUCCUCGAGAAAGACGUGGAGUUCCAGCUCGUCCCCGUCAACAUGUCCAAAGGCGACCACAAGUCGCCCGACUACCUGAAGAUCCAGCCCUUUGGCCAAGUCCCUGCUUUCCAAGACGAUUACAUCACUCUGUUCGAGUCGAGAGCCAUCUGCCGGUACAUAUGCGACGAGUACGGGGACAGAGGGAACAAGGGGCUGUACGGGACGGACCCGCUGGUGAAGGCCUCCAUAGACCAGUGGGUGGAGGCGGAGGGGCAGAGCUACAACCCGCCAAGCUCGGCACUGGUGUUCCAGCUCGCAUUCGCGCCGAGGAUGGGGAUAAAGCAGGACGAACGGCUUAUAAGGCAGAGCGACGAGAAGCUCUCCAAGGUGCUCGAUGUGUACGAGGGGCGUCUAGGAAGCAGCCGGUUCCUGGCCGGGGAUGAGUUCACGAUGGCCGACCUCUCCCACCUGCCCAAUACGCAGUACCUGGUAACUGCCGGCGGCAGGGCAGAUGCAAUGUUUGGGUCCAGGAAAAACGUGGGCCGGUGGUGGGAGGAGAUCUCGAGCAGAGAGUCGUGGAAAAAGGUCGUCGAGAUGCAGCAGCAGAAGGGGCCUUGAAUCGAAUGGAUGGCAGGCUCGCCGGAAGUUUAUGAUGUAAUUUUAUUUUCCCCAAUUAUAAGGGAUGGAUAAGGGAGCUUAUGAUGUUAUUUGUGUUGGGCAAUGUUUAUCCUGUCGAGUGAACUUCAUUAGUCGAUGGCAAUUUUUUUUUAUCGGUCAUUUCAUGACAAAUUGACAAUAAUGCGGGGUUUCUUUGAA